UCGGGCUAUGGUGGUUGCAAAUGCGCAUGGCUUCGGCGCAUUGGGCCACGUACUAGGGCUUGGUGAGCUCGAGCAGACAUGGCGUUGAGCUUUGUCUGAGAGCCUAUUGCUUGCCAACAUUGCUGCCUACAUGUUUCUAAACCUCGCAGGCUUGCGCUAUGAUCGUCCAUGGCCCCCAAAUUCGGGUAGCCUGGUGAAGCGUCCUCAAGCCUUGUGCGGUAUCAAAGACGAUAAAGCGACCCUGCUGCUCGACACUUUUGAAAUUAAGAUUCUCAACUCACUCAAGAACCAGAAAAAUCUUGCUUGAAGCGAACAGAGCUCGCCAUGGCGCCUUCUGCUAGGUAUCGCAAAAUCUACAAAUUCUCAACACCAGCCGGAACACCCAGUUCCAUCGGCGGUGACACUCGCGCCGGCAAUGUUAUUCCACUGCCUGAUAUGGCUCAGCACUGGGGCAUUCUCGUCGUCUCGCCCGAUGUCAGAAACGGACAGGACGAUACGUUUUUCGAACUGUACAGGCCAAACGGUGGUAUUGGCGUCCUGACGCGCAGCCGGAGUGAUCGUGAGAAGGAAGAGAAAAACAACUCGUCCAUCAUAAAAUACACAGACACGGGGUGCUCGACGACUCUGGAUGACCGUGCCAUUGAAGAUUGCGCAAAGCUGGUGUGCACACAGGAAAUGCGCAGCAGCUACGACCUGCUCAACGGUAACUGCCAGUCAAUGGUGAAUCUGGUGAUCCAGCGCAUAGCCUACGGGGAAGAAGCCAUAGCUCCGCUUCCAACAUCGUCACACUCCAUCUUCGGAUCAGGACCCCCUCAAUCGUACUCGGAUUACGACCGGCUUCCCGCAAGGCCUCUCCCCAGCACGUCGCAAGCCCCUCCUCCUGUUGUGCGAGCAUCCUCGUUCAACCCCAACUGGACGUUUGCAGCAGAAGGCCAGAAUCGCCUGUAUCGACCCGCGAAUCACGUGUCGCCUCCUGCAUCGCCUCCAUCUCAGCAACAGCAAUACACACAGCAGGGCCAUGUGGUUGAUUUGAACAUCCCCGACUAUGUGCGGCCUGAGAUGACGGUGCCGCGGUUCAGGCAACAAGCACUGAGGGAUGCCGACUGGGCUUCUGGACACUCGAAUUUCAUCGACAAGGGGAAACACUCGCUCAAGGCGACGUCCAUGGAGGAAGAGUGGGAGUAUUGGGAGAGGAAAAAGGCAAAUGAGCAGCGGGAUUGGCGCGAUUGGAGUGAUCCGGCUUGACGGUAUGUAUGUAUGUUGGGGUACGAGAUUUGUUAAACCCAGACUAUGGCGAUGUUUGGAGUUCGUUGAGUCGCUGCUAAGCCAGGAUGAUUUUUCCUCAUACUCUUUAAUCUUUCUUUUGGAACACCUAAGCAGGGAGCUCAGCAGUUUGUUGUCGUUGUUUUAUUAUCCGAGGGAAUCUGCGUUUUAUAUUCCCAAUACCAUCAAAAGAUGUAUAUAUAUAUACCCCACCGAAUUAAUUCCCCUGUAAUAAUGACUUGUCGCUUACAAGCAGUAGCCCG